AAGCUAACGUAAAAAUGGCACCAUCCCCUAAGAAAUCUCCUUCUGAAGAAUCCCCACCUGCUCCAUCAGGAUCAAAUUCAUCACAAGAUACCUCUUCUCCAUCCGAAAACUCGCCACCACCUUCACAAUCAUCGCCACCGCCUCCCAAAAAAUCAUCUCAAAGCAAAAAAGAUAAUAAUCAUUCCUCUCCUCCUCCAAAGCAUAAAAGUAGCAACAUUCAUUCCCCUACCCAGUCUUCUAAUUCCCACAAAACUAAUGGUAACAAUCAAGUUGGUUCUUCUGGAAAAACAUCAUCUUCUGACUCAUCCGGCAACGACAUAGAUACAAUAAUUUUUAUUGGAGCAGGUUUGGCAGUAGGAUUGGUGCUCCUUUUUAUCAUCUGCUGUAUAGUAUGUUGCUGUCGUAAGAGAAAGAAGAAAGCCCGUCAAGUGAUGAACUAUGAUGAGCAUAAAGGUACUUCCUGA